AUGCCGAAAUACUCCAACUUCAUAAGGAACUUUCUCACCCACAAAAGAAAUAUUGAAUCCAUCCAACAAGUUAACUUAAGUGAAGAAUGCUCGGCGACACUCCUCAACAAACUCCCACAAAUGAAGAUUGAUCACGGAAGCUUCACCAUUCCUUGCUCAAUUGGAGGAACACCAGUAAGUAACGCGCUUGCCGACCUAGGGGCUAGCAUUAACUUAAUGCUCGCCUCUAUGUUCAACCCAUUCGGAUUAGGAAAACCGCAUCCCACAAAGAUAAGCAUCCAACUUGCGGAAAGUUCGGUAAAAUACCCUCAAGGUGUUAUAGAAAACUUCUUGGUCAAUGUCGGGGAGUUUGUUUUCGCCGACUUUGUAAUCCUAGAAAUGGAGGAAGACACCAAAAUCACGCUCAUACUAGGAAGACCAUUCCUUGCCACCGCACGGGCCAUAGUAGAUAUGAGUGACGAAAGGUUGACACUGAGGGUAGGAGACAAGGAGAUGUGA